GUACAGGGUUAACAUGGGCGUGCUCCAUCAAAACAAUCCAAACAGCCAAUACUGUCUGUCUGUGGGAACACUGCACUACUUUUAAGCUGCAUUUUUAUUUAUUUAAUUUUUAUGGGAUGCUUAUAGUUUUGUAGACUCGUUUCCCAGCCAAUCAUGUGCUUAAUCACUGUCCCGACUGUUUAAAUCUCGUGUUUAAUACCCACACACACUGUAUUAUGUAUAUGCCCAGCUGCAUCAUUGCUCAGCAGUGGUAGAAAAGGGCUGAGUCAUGGAAUUUACCAGAGCACCGCAGUGUCUCCUCUCCUCUCACACAUCCGGGCACCUGCCAUCUCCUCAAUGCGGUAUAGCCCCCCCACCCCAGCCAGCGCCUUUAACCACUUCUGUGCCUCGUGCUCGGGCGGCGCUGGAGGAUCCAGGAGCAGCGCAGACCUUUUAUUAUUCAGAUCCUCAACACUUACUUUUACCUACAUCUCCACUUUUAUUCAUCCCUCAGAGCUGCAGGGAGGCUGAGAGGUUUCCAGUUUGCAUAGUCUUGUUUUUUAAUAAUUGUCAUCAGAAUGGGGAUUGAGAGUCAGGGUCCGACACGCCCUGCAGGACAACUCACGCCCCAGCAGGUGAAAACAUUCCAGAGCGUGGAGCCCAAAGCCCUGGGGUCAAUCCAGAUAAUCAUCGCUGUUCUGUGUCUGUGUCUGAGUAUCUCCAUCCUCCAGAUCUACUACGAGGUCCACUUCACUCCUGACCUCAUUGUAGUGGUGGUGAUCGUAGUGCAGCUGCUAGCGUCUGGCUCCAUCCUGAUCCAUGCUGGCAGGUUCCCCACUCUUUUCUGGGUGAAAGCGACGCUGGUGGUCCACCUGGUGAGCGCUGCGUUCAGCACAGCCGUUCUAGGCCUUCUAUCCCGACACCUGCCCUACCGACAGGACACCUACCACUGCGAACACUGCCGCAGACUGGAGAUAUUCACUGUGGAACAGAAUUGUUACAAGAAAUGCACUUAUACGGUCGAAGGAAAGUGUAAACUUGUGAUUGACGGCAUACUGGUGACUCUGGUGCUGUUCCUGGUGGUGGAGCUGGUGAUCUGCAUUGUGACGAUACUGUUUGGACUGAAUGUUCUGGCUAAAGGAGGCCUGCAGCUGCCUGGUGUGGGUCAGCAAGCGGAACGUCCCGCAGCUCAGCCCGAGCCUGAAAUUGUGCCGACUCAGGUGGAGGUGGUGGUAACAGCGCCGGAGCCUGAACCAGUUCCAGAAGUAGUGGAAGAAUCAAUAGUAGAAGAAGUGCCCACCCCUCCAACCGAGCCUCAAGUGGCGCCCAUAGACUCUAUAGCAGAGGUCUGACCCAGGGUCAUGUGAUCCCUUUCCUGCUGUCAGAGGGGAGGGUCUGUUUUACUGGGAUCAGUAAGGAUCACUGUUGGGAGUUUGUAAUUCAGGACAUUUGGAGGUUUUCGACAGAGAGCUGAAUCAGGCUGUAUAACGGAGCAUUAUCUGCUGCUGUAACUACAACAGUGAUAUGGACUUGAGUGGUUCAUAAGCAUCUCCCAGACGAUGGAGGUACACUUCCACUCCUGACUAAAAACUUCAGUCAGUAACACUUAGUGUCAUUCAUUACCAAUGUUUUUUUAUGUUUGAGCAACAGGUAAUGUCCUGUUAAGAGGGAAGUGGCUUUGGCCGAAGCAUAGUGUCCCUAAUACUGCAUUAAAAGGGACUUUAUUAUAAAAAAAAAUAUUUUUAAGUAAAGUUGUUUGAUAGAGUACAUUAACAUUGUUAUACUUUCAGAAUGUAAGUAUGUAAUGUAAUGUCAUUCACUCCCCAGGCCAUUUUCAAAAAUGGCAUUUUAGGAAUUCUUAAUUUUUGUGAUGUCACAACCGUGAGAGCUUUUGUAUGAUUCUGCUUACAGCUGUUUUGCCAUGCCCAUUCACGCUUACAAAAUGUUACUGCAGACUGUGGCAGAGAAAAAUAAACUUAAAUGUACGUUCCUGUUAGAUGGGACGUAAAAGUAUCUCACCAGCUUCCAAAGGUUCCAGAGCCCUGAGGAUUUCAGUCUAAACUUAAUAGAUUGAUCUAUGUUUUAGCUCAGACUGCUGAUUGAAUGUGGCACUGAAUAGAGCAUAUCAGAACCAUGCUCAAUUACAUAAUGCGUUUUAAUGGCACAGUUAUAAAAGGGGAAAAUUAAGUAUUUUUAAAAGUAUGGGCGAUUGCCCUUCAACUGCUGGAGGACACCUCAGGGUGGACUUCAUGGUCAGUGCUUUGGAGAAGUCCUGAACUACAACGCCAAACAGUGAUUCCUUAACAUAAAGAAGUACUGUACAGAAAUGUCCAAUCAGUCAGUAUAUAUUGGUACAUAUUGUAAUAUACAAACUUGUAAAGAGUUUUUUUUUUGCUUAAAAUUAAAUCUGAAUCAAACACUAUUACAAGUGUAUAACAAACAUUUUUGUUAAAUAACCUUUAGACAUCUAACUAGAAUCUCUUAACUAUGUGAAUCUCCACAAUUAAUCAGACACUUGCACUAUAGUGUGAAAGAACAUAAGUGGUUGUUGUAAAUUUAUGUUUUUGGGUCUUGUAUUCUCCACAAUAAAUCCUGUAGAGGAUUUAAUGCA